CACCACCUCUGGUAACACCAUCAACAUCAUCUCCACCAUCCGAUCAAGAGAACAUGGGACCGGUUAGUCCACCAAUGAGCCUGUCAAUAUGCGGCACUUCAGAUGAGACACACACUGACACCUCUGACUAUAGCCCAAGAGCAGCAGACAACAGAAGGAAGAGGAAGGCAAAGACUGAUGUGAGCAGCAUGAUGGGUGCCUUUAUGGACAUACAAAAGAAACAGUACGAUGAAUUCAAUCAAGCAGAGCAGCUGCGUCAACAGCAAGAGAAAGACAGUCUUGAUGCCUGGAUAAAGUCACGAAUGGAGAUAGAGGAGCGCCGGCUACAGGCACAGAGGGAGGAAUGCCAAGAGACAAAUAGAAUGUUCAUGCAAAAGAUGAGCAGACUGUUCGAUGUCAUGGUUCCUUCGUCCCAGCAGCACACGCCCUCACACCUACAACCUCCUCCUCCGCACUAUUACCAGGGGCCUCCCCUGCACUACACUGCCCAUGAAGAGACACCACUAACCUUCAGAGAACUGCACGGAGCUGCAGAGCCCCUGCCCAAUGCUGCUCAAUGCUGCUUGAGUAAGCAUUUGAUCAAUAAAUUCAGGAAAAUAAGUGUCAAUGCCUAUCAAGAUAAUGGUUUAAUUUGUUUACAAGCAGUUUACAUGAUGUUUUGA